AUGUAUCCAGCAACAAUCAUAGCCAUCGCCGGGCUGCUUAUAGGCGCCUAUAUAGUCACACGGCGUAAAUCGACGUCUUUGCCCUUGCCGCCAGGCCCCAAGCCACUGCCAAUUAUCGGCAAUGUCCACCAAGCUCCCAAGUCCCACGGCUGGCUCACAUAUCGCGAAUGGAGCAAGCAGUAUGGUCCUAUUGUUCACCUCAAUAUGCUUGGACAGCACGUCAUCAUUUUGUCUACGUCUGAAGUAGCCCACGAACUCCUAGCGAAGCGUGGAACUGCAUUUUCAGACCGACCUCGUCUUUUUUUAGCAACGGAGCUGGCCUUGAAAGGACUCAACAUUCUCAUGAUGAAUUACACCGAACAAUUCCGACAGCAUCAGAGGCUACAGGUCUCGGUGUUGAACGCGACACCGGCAGCCGCCUAUCUCCCUCUCCAGACUCUAGAAUCAGAGCAAUUGAUACAUGAUCUCCUAGAAAAUGCCGGCGGCGCUGGCGCUGAGGUUCAUGGACAUUUUCAACGCGCAGUCGCUAGUAUCAUACAUACGUUGCUAUAUGGCUUCCGUGUCAAAGAUUACAAUGACCCGGUUCUUCGCACCGUUGUUAAACUUAACGAUGAGUUUUCCCAGUUUGUUCAGGUUGGCGCGCACAUUGUCGACCAGUUCCCCGUGCUUAAUAACCUGCCCGGCUUCUUGGCCCCAUGGCAGGCAAAGGCGGAAAAUCACUAUACGACCAAGCAUGAUCUGCGUGACAAAAACUUCCGGCGGGGCCUGGAGUCUGACACAUGGAAUAUAUCAAAACAUCUUAAGAAGACCGUCGAAAAGGAUGGCUUGGAUAUGCCCAUGAACGAGCUGGCGUUUGAGCUUGGUACCAUGAUCGAUGCCGCAUUAGACGGAACUACAGACAGCUUAGUCUGGUUUGUAGUGGCUUGUGUCACGCAAGACCAGGGCUUUGUUGCCAAGGCACGCAAAGAGCUGGAUGCCGUUAUCGGUCAUGACCGACUCCCAGUCCUAGAUGACAAGCCCAGCCUGCCGUACAUCACCGCGAUUGUCGAAGAGAUAUUCCGUUGGCGACCCGUUGCCCCCGAGGGGGUCCCUCACUUGAACAAGGAAGAGACUACCUACAAUGGAUAUACCAUUCCCAAGGGAUCUGUUAUUGUACCGAGCGUUUGGACAAUCUCCCGAGAAGAGUCCUUGUUCGGCCCAGACCCCGACGAUUUCAUACCGGAUCGCUGGCUCGAAAAGGACGGCAAACAGCUCAAAGGCCUCCCCGCUUCCGGCUUUGGUUACGGAAGGCGGGCCUGCCCUGGGCGGUAUUUCGCCCGCAAUUUUAUCUGGAUCGUCGUUGCCCGGCUGAUAUGGUCAUAUGAUAUCAAGGCUGGUCUGUCUGAAGAGACGGGCGAGCCCGUCGUCGUUGACCCUUCUGCAUGUACGUAUGGCCUGGUUAUGCGAGCCCUGCCUUUCAAAGCUUCGUUUAACCCUCGUGGGCCUUGGGUGCGUGAAGUAAUUGCCAAAAAUGGUGACACUUAUGGCAAGGAUCAUGUGGCCAUGCUCAACCAAAUUGGGGCAGAGUUUGCUAAGUUGUAG